UGCAAGGCACCUGCGCAGCUAGAUACCCCGCCUCACGUUGCUGCUUUCUAUUCCCGUAAAUUUGUACAAGUCUCUAGAAAUCCGUCAAGAUGCAGGCGCCUGUGGUGGUAAUGAACACCCAAACCCCCGGCGGGGAGCGCCAAUUUGGCCGCAAAGCCCAGAUCUCCAACAUCACAGCCGCAAAGACGGUCGCAGACAUUAUUCGAUCAUGUUUGGGACCCAAGGCCAUGCUCAAGAUGCUGCUCGACCCUAUGGGCGGUAUUGUCCUCACCAACGACGGCCACGCCAUCCUACGAGAGAUCGAAGUCGCGCACCCCGCCGCAAAGAGCAUGAUCGAGCUGAGCCGGACACAAGACGAGGAAGUCGGCGAUGGUACCACCACCGUGAUAAUAUUAGCUGGUGAAAUGCUUGCCCAAGCUCUGCCCCAGCUGGAGCGCAAUAUCCAUCCCGUUGUUAUCAUCCAGGCCUUCAAGCGCGCCCUCGCAGACGCCCUCGAGAUCAUCGAUGAGGUCUCCGUAGAUGUCGACAUUGACGACGACAAAGCCAUGUACCAGCUCAUCAACGCGUCCAUUGGUACCAAAUUCGUUUCGCGGUGGUCGGAGCUGAUGUGCAGCUUGGCACUGAAGGCUGUGCGCACAGUAUCGCUGGAUGCAGGAGGCGGCAAGAGGGAGGUGGACAUCAAGCGUUAUGCGCGUAUUGAAAAGGUUCCGGGAGGCGAGAUCCAGGACAGUGAAGUGCUGGACGGAGUUAUGCUCAACAAGGACAUCACACAUCCUAAGAUGAGGCGAAGGAUAGAGAAUCCCAAGGUCUUGCUCCUUGAUUGCCCGCUUGAGUACAAGAAGGGCGAGUCUCAGACCAACAUCGAGAUUAGCAAGGAGGAAGACUGGAAUCGUAUAUUGCAGAUCGAGGAGGAACAAGUGAAGGCCAUGUGCGAUGCCAUCAUUGCGCUCAAGCCCGACCUCGUCAUCACAGAGAAGGGCGUCAGCGACCUCGCACAGCAUUACUUCGUCAAGGCCAAUAUUACCGCUAUCCGACGAAUCCGCAAGACCGAUAACAACCGUGUUGCACGAGCUACCGGUGCAACCAUUGUGAAUUCGGUUUUCUCCGCCUCCACCUCAGACAUUGGUACCCAAUGUGGUCUCUUCGAAAUUUCCAAGAUCGGCGACGAGUAUUUCACAUUCCUCACAAAGUGCAAAGACCCCAAGGCCUGCACGAUAUUACUUCGCGGUCCCUCCAAGGAUAUUCUCAAUGAAGUUGAGCGCAACCUCCACGAUGCGAUGGGCGUAGCACGAAACGUCAUUUGGAACCCCAAGCUCUGCCCAGGAGGUGGAGCAACCGAGAUGGCCGUCGCAGUUGGCCUCGAGCGAAGAGCGAAGCAAAUUGAGGGUGUUGCACAGUGGCCGUAUAAGGCUGUCGCUGAAGCCAUGGAGGUUAUUCCCCGCACGCUCAUUCAGAACUCGGGAAAUAGCCCCAUCAAGAUCCUAACGCAGCUCCGCGCGAAGCAUGCUGAGGGUUAUGAGGAAGGACAGCAAAGCGGAAGCUCCUGGGGCAUUGACGGUGAAGCCGGAAAGGUCGUGGAUAUGCGACAGUUCGGCGUAUGGGAGCCUCUGGCCGUCAAGGAGCAGAGCGUCAAAACGGCCGUUGAGAGCGCGUGCCUGUUGUUGAGGGUGGACGACAUUGUUGCAGCGAAAGCAGCGAAACAAGUGUCAGGUCCCAUCGGAGGUGGUGACGAUUAGACAAGAUUGUCGGCUUGCAGUAUACCACGAAUGUAGGAGAGCACAAAUAGCAGCUAAUCUCCAACUACUCAUGUGAUCCCCACAGUUUAAACAUUCUUAUAUUUGCGUACGGUU